GCUGUGACAUCGCCGCCGCCGCCGCCGCGCCCCGCUCGCCCCGUGCCGCCCGCGCCGCGGGACGCGCCGCCCCAGGGACACGCUCGCCGCGCCCGACUCCGUGCAGCUCCCGGCGGCGUGGGCGAAAAGGCGCCCCGGCCCCGCGCACCGAGACUUUUGUCCCUUAGYGUUUGACACUGAGUACCAAAGAAAUGGUGAUGGAGAAGCCAAGUCCCCUGCUCGUGGGGCGGGAGUUYGUGAGACAGUACUACACCCUGCUAAACAAAGCUCCUGACUUCUUGCACAGGUUUUAUGGCAGGAAUUCAUCUUAUGUCCAUGGAGGACUGGAUGCCAGUGGAAAACCACAAGAAGCAGUAUACGGUCAAGCUGAGAUCCACAAGAAGGUGAUGUCACUGCAGUUCAGUGAGUGCCACACCAAGAUCCGUCACGUGGAUGCUCAUGCCACUCUGAGCGAUGGCGUGGUUGUGCAAGUCAUGGGAGAGCUGUCAAACAAUGGGCAGCCAAUGAGGAAGUUCAUGCAGACUUUUGUGCUUGCUCCAGAAGGAUCUGUUCCAAACAAGUUCUAUGUCCAUAAUGAUAUCUUCAGAUACGAAGAUGAAGUAUUUGGGGAUUCAGAAGGAGAGCUUGAUGAAGAGUCUGAGGAAGAGGUGGAGGAAGAGCAGGAGGAAAGACAAGCAUCACCUGAACCUGUACAAGAGAAUGCAAGCAGUACUUACUAUGAAAACCAUCCCGUAACCAAUGGGAUAGAGGAGGCACUGGAAGAAUCUUCUCAUGAACCUGAGCCAGAAUUGGAAUCUGAAACAAAAGCUGAGGAGCUGAAAGCUGAAGUAGAAGAAAAGACCCUUGAGGAGCUAGAAGAGAAGUCUCCAUCUCCACCUCCUGUAGAACCUGUCUCACUACCACAAGAACCACCAAAGGCUUUCUCUUGGGCUUCAGUGACCAGUAAAAACCUGCCUCCUAGUGGUACUGUUUCUUCCUCUGGAAUUCCACCCCAUGUUAAAGCACCAGUCUCACAGCCAAGAGUGGAAAGUAAACCUGAAGCUCAGUCUCAACCUCCUCGUGUUCGUGAGCAGCGUCCCAGGGAAAGACCGGGYUUUCCACCCCGAGGACCUCGGCCAGGGAGAGGGGACAUGGAGCAGAAUGAGUCGGAUAAUCGUCGGAUCAUUCGCUAUCCAGACAGCCACCAGCUUUUYGUUGGGAACUUGCCACACGAUAUUGAUGAGAGUGAACUGAAGGAGUUCUUCAUGAGCUUCGGAAAUGUGGUAGAACUUCGCAUCAAUACUAAGGGAGUGGGAGGAAAACUGCCUAAUUUUGGUUUYGUGGUAUUUGACGAUUCUGAGCCGGUCCAGCGAAUUUUAGUUGCAAAACCCAUAAUGUUCCGGGGUGAGGUGCGCCUGAACGUGGAGGAGAAAAAAACCAGAGCCGCUCGUGAGCGAGAGACGCGCGGCGGCGGCGACGAGCGCAGGGAUAUUCGGCGCAACGAGAGAGGCCCGGGCGGGCCCCGYGGAAUAGUGGGUGGUGGCAUGAUGCGGGACCGGGACGGAAGAGGACCCCCUCCUCGGGGUGGCAUGGCACAGAAACUGGGCUCUGGACGAGGAACCGGGCAGAUGGAAGGCCGUUUCACUGGACAACGUCGCUGAAAUCUCCACUGUGGCCAGACAGUCUUGGCAGUGGUACAUUAUCCAUCGUGUUUGCAUUCUUGUUUUUUUUUUUUUUUUUUUGGCUU